AUGAAAAUGGAUCUUGCCAUUCGACUCAGGAUGGCUGCCAUGACUUCCGCAUACACUUCAUUUGCCAGACGGAGCAAACAGCAUCCAUCAAACGACAUCGUUUGAUAAAAUUGCAGUAAUUCACAGCCUCAAUCAGAGGAGCAAUCAGCCGCAGGGGCUAUCAGGAAGAACCUCGAUCGUCAAGGCCAUGGCAACGCAACCACUUACAACUGCCACGGUUGCGGCGACCACCGUCAAUCCCAUAGAGAAGCGACACCGUUCGGUAUUCGAUGUGCCAGCCAACUUCUUCGACUCGUGUCGGCUUCUGUCUGCCACCACAACUUUACUACAAGAGGAAAUAUCGGCCUCCGAUAAUUCCGCUGCUAAAAACCUAAACAGGACCUGUGUUACAGAAGAGAAAACUUCGAAUAACGGCCUCAGUUUACCUCGAUGGACCUGCAACACUUGUAAAGCGGUGUUCGACUCUCUCCAGGACCAGCGCUCUCACUUCAAGUCAGAUAUUCAUCGUUUGAACGUGAAGCUUACGAUUGCUGGGAAGGAUAUUGUGAAGGAGGAAGAUUUUGAUGAGUUGACAUCUGAUUCGUUUAAAGAUUAUGAUGUUUCAAGUAUAUCUGGCUCUGAGGAUGAAGCUGACACUGGAUCACACCCUUGCAAUGAUGCUCGGAGGGGACUGGUUGGGAAUGCCAAGAAGAAACUGUUCCUAUGUCUUCAAACUGGCGACAGAGUUUCAGUUUGGAAGAGCUUACUAUUAGAUGAGUCUGAAGGUGUGUUAUAUGAGAAUGAGAAAGCGGUUUCUGUUAAUGGCAACGGGGGCUUGAGAGAGAACGAAUUGAUUGAGAGAUUGAAAUCUGUUAUUCAUGAGACUAGGGAUAACAAGCAAUUGAGGGUUGUGCUGCUUGCAAGUGGUGGCCACUUUGCUGGCUGUGUUUAUGAUGGUAACUUGAUUGUGGCUCACAAAACAUUUCACAGAUAUGUAGUAAGGGCCAAGCAUGGUAAAAAACAGUCACUGAAAGAUGGGAGCGGAAAGUCUCUUCAUUCUGCUGGAGCUUCACUACGCCGGCACAAUGAACUUGCAUUAAAGAAGGAAAUUCAAGAACUACUAGCUGGUUGGAAGCCUUAUUUUGAUAAUUCCUCUUGUGUUUUCAUUCAUGCUCCUUCAAACAAUCGUCAAUUGAUUUUCAAUGGGGAGAAACCUCGUUUCAGUAACCAACUCUGUUCCAUCCGAAAUGUCCCAUUCACUGUUCGAAGGCCUACCUUCAAGGAAGUGCAGCGAAUAUAUAACCAAUUAACACAGAUUGCCUAUGAAACAGAGGAGAUGGAAUCUCUACCUGGACCCAAGGAAAACAUAAUGUCAGCCUCAAGCACGGUUAAUGAUGGCAAUAAAGGUUCCAGCCUAGAGGACAUAGUCAACAAGAAUAGCAAGAGUCAAAUUGGAAGUUUGUCUAUUGAGCGAAAAUCUGAAGAACAAGUGUCAGAAGAGAGUGAGAGUGGAGAAAUUCAUGGUGUAUCAACACCUUUGCAUGAAGCAGCAAAAUCUAGAAAUAUGCAGGAAGUUAUGAAACUUCUUGAACAGGGUUUGGAUCCCUGCAUCAAAGAUGAAAGGGGACGAACCCCAUACAUGCUGGCAAGCGAGAAGGAAGUAAGAAAUACUUUCAGACGGUUUAUGGCCUUGAAUCCUGAUAAGUGGGAUUGGGAUGCUGCUAAGGUACCCAGUGCCUUAACAAAAGAAAUGGAGGAAUCUCAAGCUGCCAAGCAGGCAGAGAAAGAUGCCAAGAAGAAAGCAAAGGCAAAAGAAUUGAAAAAAUUACGUAGAGCAAGAGAGAAGGCUAAGGCACAGGCUUCCUUAUCCCAUGAUGCUGUAACAGGUGGAAAGUCUCAACUUACUGGUGGAUCACAGCUCUCUGAAGAGGAGAAACUUAAAGCCGCCCAGGUUGCUGAGAGGGAGAAGAGAGCAGCUGCUGCUGAGAGGAGAAUAGCUGCAGCUGCAGCCCUUAAUGCUCAAGGCAGUGGCACAACUAUUAAGCCAAGCACUUCACAACCCAAAAGUGGACUGGCAGCUGAUAUUAACUGUUCCUGUUGUAAUGUAUCAUUAGCAGGUAAAGUUCCAUUCCACCGGUAUAAUUAUAAAUAUUGCAGUGCAUCAUGCAUGCAUGUACAUAGAGAGAUCCUUGAGUAUGGUUGAGAAACUGCUGUCGUAUAAGAACCUCCAUUGAUUAAUUAUCUCCACAUACCCUGAGGGGUUUUAUUUAAAGUGUUUCUAGUCUUCUAUAUUCAUUGAAAACCAGCAGUUCAUUCUUCUUAAUUCAAAUAUUGUAUAUCGUUUGUUGGCA